AUGAUUGGACAAUACGACAGAACCCAAAGUAUUGGUAUACUUGGAAGUUCAACUCUAGCAACUUCACUUGGUCAUGAUUCUGGUGUUGAAUCAUUUAUGGCCUACACGACUUCUUAUAAAGACGUUGGUCUAACUGGUAUUUAUUUUUGUGCUGAACCCCGUGCACUAGAAAAUCUUGUUAAAUGUGUUUGUAAUGAAUGGAGGUCAUUGUCCGGUGAUAUAAAUGUUGAUAGUUUAGAGAGGGCAAAAUCUUCUUUGUUAACAAAUUGUGCAUUAAUUUUGGAUGGAUCAACAGCCGUAUGCGAGGAUAUUGGAAGGCAAAUUUUAAUUUAUGGUAAAAGAUUGAAUGUUGAAGAAUUGGCCGAAGAAAUAAAUUCAGUCACGCCUGAUACAAUUAGAUCAAUUGGUGAACGCUAUUAUUUGAACAAACCGUUUUCGUAUGUUGUUGUUGGAAACACUAGUAAUUGGCCGAGUGGACAGAAAAUUAAAAAGAUGCUGAGCAAGCCAUAAAAUUUAUAUUUAAUCUUGAACUUUUGACCAUUAAAAAUGUUUUUUUUUUGUUGUUUAAUUAAUUAUAAAUUUAUUUUUUAAAAAUUUUAAUAUAUCCCCUCUUUUGAACUUUAUUAUUAAAGUUCACACGUGUUUGAUUAACAAAGCUGUCAGAUUCAAAAAAUUUUUCAUUUUUUAACUUUAGGCCAUUUUUGUUGUGUUUUUUUUAAAUCGAAGGAAAGACAAGGUUGUUGGACAUUAGAGUCUGAGGUUUUUCAGCUUAUUAGUGUUUUAGAUUUUGUUAGAGAGGGGUGUGAACCAGGGCUGGGCUCCGCUUUCGCAUCUUUCGCAUUUUUCGCAUUUUUUG